AGUUGUAUGGUUGACUUCAUAAAUGUGACAGGGAAAAGCGCAGCGGCCAUCUUGUGGUCAGUGGCUUCAUUGCAAGUUGAAGUUCGGGUGCUGCUCUCGCGAUAUUUGCCUGGACCCAAACAGGAAGUGAGACAUGGCAUCAGUGUUCGGUGGAAUAGAGGGUGGAGGGACCCACUCUAAAGCCAUCCUGGUGUCUGGAGAUGGGAAGAUCCUGGCAGAGACUGAAGGACCAUCUACCAACCACUGGCUGGUGGGGGUGGACAAAUGCAUUGAAACUAUAAAUGACAUGGUGCAGAGAGCCAAGACGGCAGCAGGACUGGAUCCAAAUACGCCGUUGUACUCACUGGGCAUGUCUCUGAGUGGAGGUGAGCAGAAGGAGGCCAUUGACAAGCUGAUUGUUCAAAUGAAAGAAAAAUUCCCCAGUCUCAGCCAGCACUACUUUAUUACCACCGACGCCGUUGGAGCCAUGGCUACUGCAACCGAUCAGGGAGGUAUCGUGCUCAUAUCAGGGACAGGCUCAAACUGCAAGUUAAUCAACCCCGAUGGCUCACAGAUUGGCUGUGGAGGCUGGGGUCACAUGAUGGGUGAUGAAGGAGCAGCAUUCUGGAUCGCUCACUUGGCUGUGAAGACGGUGUUUGAUGCCAAAGACAAACUGGCUCCUCCUCCUCAUGACAUUACACAUGUCAGAAAAGCCAUGGAGGAGUACUAUCAGGUGUCAGAUUUGAUGGGCAUGCUGCCACACCUCUACAGAAACUUCCAGAAGUCGUAUUUUGCUGGUUUCUGUAAGAAGCUGGCUGAAGGUGCAGAGGCAGGUGAUGCUCUCUGUCAGUAUGUGUUCAUUCAGGCUGGGAGAGUCCUGGCCAAACAUGUAGAUGCUGUCUUACCUGAAGCACAGGAGUCUCUGUUGAAUGGUGACCUCGGUCUACCCAUCCUGUGUGUGGGGUCAGUAUGGAAGAGCUGGAACUUUCUAAAACCAGGAUUCACUGAGGUGCUGAAUGAAGUGGCAUCAUCUGACAAGUUCAAAGGUCGUUUCCGUGGCUACAGCCUCUUGGUGUUGCAGCAGUCGUCAGCCCUCGGCGGCGCCAGUCUCGGGGCUCAGUCGUUAGGGGAGAAAAUAACGAUGGAUUACACUGCCAAUGCAAAAGUCUUCUACCAACACACCUUCAGCAGCAGCCAAUGAGACUUCAUACACAUUUCAUGAUUCUUGGCAUAUGAUUCCAAUAAUGUUUGUGUAAUAAUUAUAUGGAAAUAUGCAGAUUUUUGUUGACUAAUCAGCUGACUUUUACCUCUCUGGGAAAAGGUAUAAGUUGUGGUGUUGAAGUACUGUCUAAACAAAUCUUUGUACUUUUGAACAGCUGUUUACACUUGAGUUUGUUUUUGUUUUUUUUUCUAAUAAAAAUACGGUUGAAGGAAAACUCAGUGUUGCAAAUAAUGUAGAUGUAUUUAUGACACAAAUGAGUCGAACAUUCCCACAACUUCUGUCACUACAGAAAAGGGCAUCGUUCUAGUAGAAUUUUGUUUUUAUUCCAAAAA